AUGCCGGAGCCUCUGGAGGAGACAUUUUCGCGGGUUCUUUCAGCGAAAGUCGCACGUGCAAAACGUGUAUUUGGCGGUGAUAUUAACGAGACAUAUCGGCUCGAGAUGGAGAAGGACGAUGUUGUGUACUUCUUGAAGCUGCAGCGUGGCACCACGGCAGACUUUUACGCGGCGGAGUCGCUGGGGCUGUCCCUUCUGUCCGAUGUUGCUCGCACCCCGCGGGUGGUGCAGACGGGGGAGGUGAACGGGGAUGCCUACCUCAUCAUGACAUGGAUUCAUAGCUCUCCGUCAGCAAUGCGGGGUGGGGUUCGACGUAACAUGGCGGAGUUGGGUCGCAUGGUUGCCAUUGUGCAUCGGCAGACAAGUCCGAAUGGUCAGUUUGGCUCCUCCGUGGCGGUGCCAUUGGCCGGCUGUAAGACGUCGGCCGGGUGGUCGAAGGACUGGGCAACGUAUUAUAUCGACAGCCUCUUGACACCGCAGGUGGCUUUGGCGCGGAGAAAAGGCUAUUGGAGUGACAGACGCGAGGCGAUGUUUGUUGCCUUCAGCAAACGGUUUUGUGCCUUUUACGCUUCAAAGAAGAAUGUGCAGCCGAGUCUUCUCCAUGGUGAUCUGUGGGGCGGAAAUGUGAUGUACGGAGAGACCGGGGAGCCGUAUCUCAUUGACCCAUCGUCGUAUUACGGCCACCGUGAGGUUGACAUUGCCAUGACGCGUCUCUUUGGAGGCUUUGGUAGUGAAUUCUACACGGCGUACGAGGGGGAGAUGCCACUGGAGGCGGGGCACGCGUCACGAGUGCCGUGGUACCAACUGUUACCAUUGCUGUGCCACCUCAACCUCUUCGGAGAGGCAUAUGGGGGUUCUGUGGACAGCGCAAUGGCUCAUGUGUUGUGA